AUGCCAGUCAUGAAUCCCAUCGCCGACCUCGAAUCACGGCCUGCAAUAAGCGAGAAACUCGAAAACUUCACGGCCAUCAACCACCUCGAGCAUCGCGAAAAGUGCGACAAUGAACGCGCAAAGAGCUAUGUAUACGACGCAGAACCCUCGUACAUGAACUUUGACGACGGCGAGUCAUUCGGCACCCGCGUCAAGAAGAUGUACACGAUUUUCCCCUACCGCGACCCCAUCUGGCUUGUGGCUGUUGUGUUUGCGGCCGGGAGCCUGGACCUUGUGAUCAACGCUUUCUUCGAUCUUUUACCUCAACUCGACCGCCAGCUACAAUUCAAGACGAACGAGACUGUUGCAAUCCCUACUACCGUGCUGAUCGGCUCCGUUUUCUUCUUUGCAGCUGGCGUUUUCGAUACCUUUGGCGCUCUGAAUGCUGACCGCGGCACACUGGAGACCAACAAGGAAGACCAGAAGGUCACAUACAGGCCGGCGUUGCUGGGCUCGCCGGAGUUCCAGUGGAUACCGACCUGGGUGAAGCUGUCGGAUCUCACCAGGACGAAUCUCGCGUUCCAGGCUGGCUUGAUUGUGCUGUUCGGUGGAGUCAUCUUCAUGUUUGCUGGGAUAGUCGACUUCCCUGAGCUGAUUCCCGAGGAGGCGCCCCUGUUUGCCCCGAUCGUGUUUGGUCCGCAGGUGCUCCAUGGCGCGUUGUUCUUCCUCGCAAAUGCUAUGCUGGCCAUAUCGGAGCAGAAGAGGUGGUUCAAGCCGAAGGUGUGGGAUGCGGACUGGCAAGGUGCCUUUCUGAACACUGUCGGCGGUUUCGGGUUCAUGAUGGCUGGCUUUUUCCUGUUCAGUAGAGACGAACUUGCCUCUGCCGUGUCAGCAAUGGUCGGGAGCUGGGCCUUCUUGAUCGGCAGCAUAAUAAGAUGGUAUGUCGUGAUGGAGAUUUUCUGA